GUGUACUGUAGGGUGCGUCCCCUGAGCUUUCUUGAUCAGGAGUGCUGUGUUGAGGUGCUCAAUAGUACAACGGUGCAGCUCCACUCUCCUGAGGGCUGUCAGCUCCAAAGUAAUGAAGGCUAUAAGCAGAUCCAAUGUACAUUUAAGAACGUAUUUGACAUGCAUAACACCCAGAAGGAAGUCUUUGAUGUGGUAGCUAAUCCACUGGUGGAGGACCUUAUCCAAGGGAAAAAUGGACUGUUGUUUACGUAUGGCGUGACAGGAAGUGGAAAGACGCAUAAGAUGAUAGAGUCUCCGGGGUCUGGAGGCCUGCUUCCUCAUUGUUUCAAAAUGAUCUUUGACAGCAUAGGGUUAUUUCAAGGAAAACGCUGCAUAUUUAGAUCUAAUCAUAGGAACAGCAUGGAGAUUCAGCCUGAAGUUGAUGCCUUGUUGGAACGGCAGAAAAGAGAAGCCAUGCCUAUUCCAAAGACCCACUCUAGCAAGUGACAAGCAGAUCCAGAAUUUAAAGAUAUGAUAGAAGACGUCCAGGAAUUCUGCAAAGCAGAAGAAGUUGAUGAGGACAGUGUCUAUGGAGUAUUCGUCUCGUACAUUGAAAUCUAUAAUAAUUACAUAUAUGAUCUACUGGAAGAAGUGCAGUUUGAUCCCAUAAAGCCCAAACUCCCGCAAUCUAAGAUGCUCCAAGAAGAUAAGAACCAGAAUACUUACGUUGCAGGAUGUAUGGAAGUAGAAGUGCAAUCUGCAGAGGAGGCUUUUGAAGUGUUCUGGAGAGGUCAGAAAAAGAGACAUAUUGCUGACACCAAUCUGAAUAGAGAGUCCAGUCGCUCACAUGCUGUGUUCAGCAUUAAACUCCUCCAGGCUCCUUUGGAUGCUGAUGGAGACAACAUCUUACAGGAAAAAGAGCAAACUACUGUAAGCCAGCUGUCUCUGGUAGAUCUUGCUGGAAGUGAAAAAGUCAACUGUACUAAAGCAGAAGCUGGCAGAGACAGAAAGAUAGGAAACAUUAACCAGUCCUUGAUGACUCUAAGAAUAUGCAUGGAAGUCCUGAGAGAAAACCAGAAAUAUGGAACCAACAAGGUGGUUCCAUAUCGAGAUUCAAAGCUAACCCGACUAUUCAAGAACUACUUCGAUGGGGAGGGGAAGGUUCGGAUGAUCGUGUGUGUGAAUCCAAAGGCUGAAGACUAUGAACAAAGCUUGCAAGUCAUGAAGUUUGCUGAAUUAACCCAAGAAGUCGAAGUAGCAAGACCAGUAGACAGGGUGAUAUGUGGCCUGGCACCAGGGAGACGGGACAGAAACUUGCCUCAGUUAA